GCACGCUGGAAGUCCAAUUAUUGCUAAUGGCGGGUAUUUGUACGAAACAUGCGCGUUUUAGGCUCCCGCUUUCUAACUGUAUGUAUUAAUAUUAUACUUGAAAAUUAAACUUAAUAACUUGUGUGUGUUUCGUUGUAGCUUUGAGGUUAAACCAUUCCGGAGACUUUAAUAAGACGACCAAAGGGCAGUGUUAUCAUCAUGUGUGUGUGUGUGUGUUCUCCAUUAACAGUAACUGACACGAACUGAAACUAACAGGAAGGCAGCGUGUUUUUGAGUUAAGAAGUAGCGAUGUUAGCCCGGAGAAAACUCAGAAAGUACUUCACGAAUGUCUAGUUAGCUAACUUAAUGGGACUGAGCCGGUUAAGCUAGUAAACAAACUUCCUUCCAUUCAUUCGACCGUUAACUCAUUUGACUGCCAGGAAAUCUGUGCAUUAAACGGAAAUGUUACCGUCCACGUUUUUAGUGUUAGUAUCUUUAAUAAAUAUCCUUCAGGUCGACAGUACCUCGAGGCUAAAUAUUCCUAAAGUGUUGUUGCCGCUAGCCAGAAGCACCAGGAUUAACUUUACACUGGAAACCACAGAGGGCUGCUACAGAUGGACCUCCACCAGACCAGAGGUAGCAAGCAUUCAGGCUGUGGAUGAAGAGAGCAGCAGAGGUUGCUCCCGGAAAGCCAUUCUCCAGGCUCUCUCCACUCAGCCCUCCAGACUAACCAGUAUCAUUCUGGCUGAAGAUGUUGUUACAGGACAGGUGCUACGUUGCGACGCUAUUGUCGACAUCAUCAGUGAAAUCCAGAUUGUGUCCACCACUAGAGAGCUACAUCUCGAAGACUCACCACUGGCUCUUAGAAUUCAUGCACUGGACUCUGAAGGAAACACCUUCAGCACCCUUGCAGGUCUUGUUUUUGACUGGACCUUAGUGAAAGAUGUAGAUGUGAAUGGAUUCUCAGACUCUUACAAUUCAUUAAGGGUCCUAAAGUUCUCAGAGUCGACAUAUACACCACCAGGAUACAUAUCUGAAAUGGAACGUGUUGGGAAACAGGGUGAUAUUAUUUUGGUGUCAGGGCUGAAAACAGGACAUGCCAAGUUGAAGGCCAAAAUACAAGAGUCAUUGUAUAAGGAUGUGGGUGCAGCUGAGGUGAGACUACUGAUUUUAGAAAACAUCUUACUGAGUCCUGCGCAUGACGUCUACUUGCUGGCGGGAACAUCCAUCCAGUACAAGGUCCUGAAGAUAAGACAGGGCACAAUUACAGAGCUCUCAAUGCCUUGUGAUCAAUAUGAGCUGCACCUUCAAAACAGUGUUAUUGGUCUUAAUGGAAACCCAGACCUUGCUGUUGCUAUUCUGGAUCAAAGUACCUCUACAGUUACAGCAAUUCAACUAGGACACAUCAAUGUGGUGCUGGACCAUAAGAGUCUACGAAUGCAAGGAGUUUCUCGCCUACCCAACAGCACGUUGUACGUUGUCGAACCAGCUUACCUCGGUUUUAAAAUUCAUCCAGGUGACACCUGGGUUCUGGAAACAGGCCGAGUAUAUGAUAUCCUGGUUGAAGUAUUUGAUAAAUCUGGCAACAAAAUUUACAUUUCAGAUAACGUCCGUAUCAGUACCGGUUUCCCUGUGGAGUACUUUGAAAUCCUGGAGUCCUCUGCAAAUGGAUCAUAUCAUCGCGUCAAAGCACUUAAAGAUGGUCUUACACUUAUUGAUGCUACCCUACAAGCUGUUGUAGAUGAAAAUGGGAACAUCCAUGCCCUCGCCAACCCAGUCCACAAUGAACAGGAUGUGGAAAUCUAUAACCCUAUAGUUCUUAAUCCGAGUAUUCUCACAUUUCCCUGGCAGCCAAAGGUUGGCGCUUAUCAGUAUACAAUAAAGGCUUCAGGAGGGAGUGGAAAUUUCAGCUGGUCUUCGUCGAAUACAGCUGUUGCCACAGUGACUGUCAAAGGAGUGAUGACAACAGUCAGUGACAUUGGCAUCAGUACAAUUUAUGCUCAUGACCUACGAAACCCACUACACUUCGGCCAGAUGAAGGUGUAUGUUGUUGAGCCUGUGGCCAUGGAUUUUGCUCCUUGCCCAGUGGAGGCCAAGAUGGACCAGGUUCUGGACCUGCCCCUUAGGAUUUUUGGCCUGUUGGAGGAGAUGGAAGAAGAUCGAGUUAUGCUGAGCGACUGUUCCCACUUUGACCUGCAGGUUGAACAGGAGAACCACGGUGUCUUCACUCUGCUAGAUGGGAGGCUGGCUCCAGGCCAGGACCACUGCAGUGGGGUGAGAGUCAAGGCCCAGGCACCAGGGUACACCAUGCUGACUGUCAGUUACACCCAUGGUAACGUCCAUCUGAGCGCCAAGAUCACCAUCGCAGCCUAUCUACCUCUUCGAGCAAUAGACCCUGUAUCCGUGGCUGUGGUGACUCUGGGAUCCUCUAAAGACAUGCUGUUUGAAGGAGGACCUCGACCUUGGGUUUUAGAGCCCUCGAAGUUUUUCUGCAACUUGAGUGCUGAGGAUGAAACCAGUGUGAGCCUCACUCUGAUCACUCAAUCCUCUCCCAACUACAAGCACCACUGGGUCAGAGCAACCUGCCGGGCCCUUGGAGAGCAGGUGCUGCAGGUGAUGGUGGGGAACAAGGCCAGUGUGACUAAUCCCUUCCCCGCUGUGGAACCAGCAGUAGUUAAGUUUGUAUGUGCUCCUCCAUCACGCCUCACCCUGGUUCCAGUGUACACUAGCCCACAGCUAGACCUCACCUGCCCACUGCUGCAACAGAACAAACAAGUGGUUCCUGUUUCAAACUACCGAAAUCCUAUUUUGGACCUUGCUGCUUUUGAUCAGCAAGGAAGGAAGUUUGAUAAUUUCAGCUCUUUAAGCAUGUUGUGGGAAUCGACCAUGGUGUCUCUGGCCAGUAUUGAACCCACUAUGCCCAUGGAGCUUCAGCUGUUGGAGGAUGACAACAAACAGAAGAAACUUCAUGGACGUCAAACUGUCCUCGUCCACCAUCAGACUGGAAUGGCUGCCAUUACAGUGACAGCUUUGGGAUACCAGGUUUUACAUCUUGCAGCGGCCAAAGUUCCCAGUCCAUAUGAUCCUUUGACUCCUGUCUCUGCCACUCUGGAGCUGCUGUUGGUAGAAGAUGUGAGAGUUUCUCCUGCCACUGUGACCAUAUACAACCAUCCAGAAGUGCGGGCAAACCUGGCCCUUCAAGAAGGUUCAGGGUACUUUUUCGUCAACACCAGUGUUAAAGGGAUUGCAGACGUGGUGUUUCAGGAGGCUCAAAGAACUGCUGAGGUUGCCCCAGUCCACUCAGGCGUGGUGAAGGUGAUGGUUCAUGAUCUUUGUCUGGCGUUUCCAGCUCCUGCCCAAUCCACAGUGCACGUUUCAGACAUUUUGGAGGUUUAUGUCAGAGUGGUUGACAAGGUGGAGAUCGGUAAAUCUGUGAGAGCUUACGUCAGAGUACUGGAUGAUAACAAAAUACCCUUCCCAGCCAGCUAUUUCAAAUUUAUGAAUCUAAAACUGAAGGCAGCUUCUGCGAUAGUCUCUCUAAAGCUAUUCGCUGAAUCUGCAGAAGAUGAUACUGCUGUUUUCCUAGUGAAAGGUGUCUCUAUUGGUCAGACCACUCUGUCAGCUGUGGUUAUGGAUAAAAAUGGGAAGAAAAUCGCAUCUCCACCUCAGCCAAUUGAGGUAUUUCCCCCAUUCAAACUCAUUCCAAGGAAAAUGACUCUGUUGAUUGGAGCUAUGAUGCAGAUCACAUCUGAGGGUGGCCCUCAGCCUCAGUCCAAUAUCCUUUUCUCCAUUUCCAAUGAGGACAUCGCUACUGUUAAUGCCACGGGCCACGUCAAAGGCGUCACUGUCGGCAAUGUCACUGUGACUGGGCUGGUUCAAGCCGUUGAUGCUGAGACAGGGAAGCUUGUCAUUGUGUCUCAGGAUCAAGUAGAAGUUGAGGUUGUACGUUUGGCAGCCAUUCGUAUCAAAGCGCCUAUUACAAGAAUGAAAACAGGAACACAGAUGCCUGUUUACGUGAUUGGUCUGACAAACAGCCAGGCACCCUUUUCCUUUGCCAACGCCGUACCUGGCCUCACCUUUCAAUGGUCCACCACCAAGAGAGACAUCCUGGAUGUACAGUCAAGACACACUGAGGCUAAUGUGGAGCUCCAGUCAGAGUAUAAUUUUGGCAUGACAGUGACUGGAAGAACAAGAGGGCGGACUGGAUUGAAGGUGGUUUUGAGAGUUAAUGACCCCACAGCUGGGCAGCUAGUGGGGGAUCUAGAGGAGCUUAAAGAUGAAAUCCAGAUCCAGGUCUAUGACAAGCUGAACAUGCUUAACCCUGAAGUUGACGCUGGUGAGAUCCUGAUGUCUCCUAACUCGGCCCUUAAAGUUCAAACCAACAGAGAUGGUGUGGGCACACUCUCCUACCAGAUGCUGCAUUUCCCUGACCAGGUUGUUAUAGCUCAAGUGGACGAUAAGGGCUUGCUCACCUCCAGCUCUCUCACUGGCAUCUCCUCUCUGCUGAUCACCUCGCAAGAGACCUUUGGUGUCAAUCAAACACUCAUCCUUGCUGUCAAGGUGGUUCCUAUGUCCUAUGUGCGAUUUAGUACCAGUCCAGUGCUCUCCAUGCCCAUCGGAGAGAGACUGAAAGCCUUCCCCCUGGGCAUUGUGCUCACCUUCACCGUUCACUUUCAUGCCAGCACUGGAGAGACUCUACACAGCUCCAAUUCCCGUGUCAUGUUUUCCACUAACAGAGACGACCUGGUGCAGGUGUCGAUUGGACCUGGUAAUCACACUCUGACAGUGAGGACACUCCACGUAGGACUCACCCUCCUGGCGGUGCGGGACAGUGAAAACAUGGCUGUGGCAGAUUAUAUUCCUCUGAAUGUGGAGCACGCCAUCCUCCCACACGAAGCCCACAGACUAGUGGUUGGAGACGUGGUCUGCUUCAGUGUCCCUCCACUCAGCCCAGAUGGUGUGCAUGGAACUUGGAGCUCCUCAUCUCAUAGUGUGCUUCAGAUGGACCCUAAAAGUGGCGCCGCAGUAGCCAGAGACUCUGGUGCAGUAACUGUGUACUAUGAGAUACCUGGUAUUUUGAGAACGUAUAGAGAGGUAGUAGUGGAAAAAUCUACAAGGACAACAACUAUGGCUCAGGCGACACCGGUCAGAAACGGCAAAGAGACAAAGGUCCACGUCACGACCAGAGAAAGAGGAACCAACGUCAUCGGAACAUGCUCCUCUGCUCAGACUGAAGCCAUUACUCAGCUGCAGCCAGAAACCUCGGUCAGCUGCCAUCUGAGCUUCACCAGUGAUGCUGUUGACUUCCCUGCUAAUGAUGUAUUCAAAACACACACCAGCUUUGACCCCAGCGUUGGCCUCUACACAUGUUCCAUGACUUUGCAGCCAAUGACCGACCAACAGACCCGUGUGCUCAGCGUGUCCAUGACCAACCUGCUGGUGAAAGCAAGCCUUGAGGGCACUGCCUUCUCUGGGGAACAGAUCAGCGCCAGGCUACCUGUAGAGCCGGGCCUCUUCUCCGACCAGACUGAGCUACUGCUCUCAAACCUCCAUCCAUCGGCUGAACUCACUGUUUAUGGUCCGACUGCUGCCCUGUCCAGCAUGGAGGUGGUGUCUACAUCUCCAAACAUUGCUGUCCAAGAGACGGAGGAGCAUGAGAACUUCCCCAGUUUUAAAAAGUACACUGUCAUUGCUGUGGCCCCUCAGGAAACAGCUUCUGCUUCUAUUUCCAUAAGGAGUUCUUCCUCUGGGCAGGGCCUCGUCAUCCCAGUCACUUUGAUUCACAUGGUUGACCCCAGUGCUGCCAAGCAAGCAGCUGCUCCUCCAGUUGUUAACAUGGAGGGGAGCCACUCCCUGCACAGCUUCAUAAACUCUUACCAGAUGAUGUUCUUCACCCUGUUCGCUCUGCUGGCUGGUACAGCUAUCGUCAUCAUCGUCCUUCAUAGUGUGUUUUCUCCAAGGGAACAAGCUUAUCAUCCUGCUUUCAUCCAGAGGACCCCACCCCUCACAGGUUUUAACUCGCCGGCAGGGAAUUCAUUCAACAGUACGAUACCUGGAACCGACCCUAACAGGAGUCCCAGGUCACGUCUCUAUUCUCCGGACUACAAGUCAUGAUAAAGCCUCGGCCCGGUCUCACCGCAGGCCUUUAAUGCAUAUUAGAUGUGCCUCUCUCCCUCAGGAUGAACGCUGUGGGCUGUGACUGCAAAUCUCAAUGUUACUGUCUUUAAAUGUUGGUACCAAUGCACAAGACGCAUAAUAUUCAGAAUCGCAGCUCAGUUCAGAGCCACUACAAUUGCAACAGGGCUCUUUUGUGUGUGUGAAUGCAGGUUUGUUUUUUUGUCCUUUGCAAUUCAAAUUAUUUUUAUACUGAACCACUUAUUAUAAGGUGUGCUUUUUUUUUUUUUUUUUUCGUUUGGAAGAGUGCUGAAAAAAAAACCAAAAGGUUGCUUCAUAUGUUGCAUUUUAUUUGUGUGUUUCUUAACAUAUUUUAGAUGUGAAAGUUGGGAACUCAGGAUGAACUAUAUUGUCAUGACAGUAAGCAAACAUCGCCUUGAAAUUGUUUAUUUUUAUUAUGACAAUAUGUCCUUUAAGUGUCCACUGAAACCGUCCUUUACUGAAUCCAUCCUCAUACGUGACGAACCCUUCAAAUGUGCAGAAUCACAGGAAAAAGGUUGAUCUUUUUCUGUUUCGGGCAUUCUGGGAGGAAUUUAGCUCCCCACUUAUUCAGCAUCACUGACUUUAUGAGCCAUAAUAAAUGUAGCUCCUGUCUAAUUAUUUAAUGUGACACAGUUAAGAUGUGAACCAUCCUUUAGGUUGUUGCUUCAUUUCAAAAGCCAUCGACUGUGACCUGACUUCUGUAAAAGCUUUUUCGUUCAGUUUCUGUUUUCGCCUGUCAGCAAUAUUAGGAAGAGAUCACUGUUGCACUGUUGAAUCGUUGGGACGUAAGCGGAGCUUUAAAUUAUAUAUGGUAUUUUGGUAUUUGAAAGCAAAUGCUGAAGGAAUUGUAUUUAUGUUAGCUAGUGAAAUCGAAGAGAAUAUGUGAUAAUCAAUAUGCAAGUUGGGUUUUGUGUUUAAUUGUCAUGCCUUAAAAUUAUCCAAACAGCUUUGUGCACAUAACCGUCCAUUUGCUUUGUGUGAAUAUGCUUUUUGCUAAUCAAAGUUUGUACUCUUUACAUUUAUGUGUAAAUAUUUGUUCUUCAAUAAAACAUUUAAAAUGAA